UAACUCAGUCUGAGGAGACACCACUGUGCUGCCCUCUUUGAAGAUGGCUUUAUGUAACUUGCCAUCCAGCGAUCCAUUCAAGUGCCCUCCCUUCAUUUUACAGAUGACAUCAGUGUAGGCACAAAAAUUUUUGACGCUUGCCCAAGGUCACACUGUGACUCACUCAGAAAAUUUCAGGGCUUCUGUACUUGUUGCCUUGUACCUGGAGGAGGCCAGGCUCUCUCAAGUGCUAAAUCAAGUAAGUGUAAAAUCAUAUGGCCGCGCUGAACUUUUUUUCACCUUUGAUGAGUAAUUCUCUUUCUGAGAGACCUCGAGAGUUCAGCUGGAAGUUAAAAGCUGUUCAGUUACCCGACAUCAUGUACUGGCGCAAGGCUGAAGGAAAAUAGAGCAAUGAGGAAAAAUCUUGCAUGCAAAAAUGCAAGCACUGGUCAAAAUUCUGACUUGGCGUGGUGGGACCAAUGCACUACAGGAGCCAUUGCGCACUGAGGAAGCUGAACCUGAGCAGCACCAGCACGCGCGAACGCAGGGAGCGUUGGCGAACACAAAAUACAAGGUCGCGCAGUCGAGCGCGGGGCGGCCCCGGCGGCUCCGGGGCGCUGGUGAUGAGGGCGCCGAGCAGGGGCUGAAGCCGGCGGCGACCAUGACGGUGUUCAGGCAGGAGAACCUGGAGGAGCACUACGAGACGGCCGAGGACCUGGGCAGUGGGCAGUUUGCUGUAGUGAAAAAAUGCCGUGAGAAAAGCACUGGUCAGCAGUUUGCAGCAAAAUUCAUCAAGAAACGGAGAACAAAAUCCAGCCGGCGUGGAGUGAGCCGGGAAGAUAUUGAGCGAGAAGUUGGCAUACUAAAAGAGAUUCGACAUCCUAAUGUGAUCACGCUGCACGAUGUUUAUGAGAACAAAACAGAUGUCAUUCUUAUCCUGGAACUUGUUGCAGGUGGAGAGCUGUUCGACUUCUUAGCUGAGAAAGAAUCUCUCACAGAGGAGGAAGCCACAGAAUUUCUCAAACAGAUACUUAAUGGUGUUCAGUAUCUCCACUCUCUGCAAAUUGCUCACUUUGAUCUUAAGCCUGAAAACAUAAUGUUGUUGGACAGGAAUGUACCAAAGCCUCGCAUCAAGAUUAUUGACUUUGGUUUAGCACACAAAAUUGACUUUGGAAAUGAAUUCAAAAAUAUCUUCGGAACGCCAGAGUUUGUUGCUCCUGAAAUAGUAAAUUAUGAGCCUCUUGGUCUUGAAGCAGAUAUGUGGAGCAUUGGUGUAAUAACUUACAUUCUUCUAAGUGGUGCGUCACCAUUUCUUGGAGACACCAAACAGGAAACACUAGCAAAUGUGUCUGCUGUGAAUUAUGAAUUUGAAGAAGAGUUCUUCAGUAAUACCAGUGCCCUCGCUAAAGAUUUUAUACGAAGACUUCUAGUCAAGGAUCCAAAGAAGAGAAUGACUAUUCAAGAUAGCUUGCUGCAUCCUUGGAUCAAGCCUAAAGACACCCAACAAGCACUUAGCAGAAAAGCAUCUGCAGUGAAUAUGGAAAAAUUCAAAAAGUUUGCAGCACGACGAAAAUGGAAACAAUCAGUGCGCUUAAUAUCCUUGUGCCAAAGAUUAUCAAGAUCUUUCUUGUCCAGAAGUAACAUGAGUGUUGCUAGAAGUGAUGAUACUCUGGAUGAGGAAGAUUCUUUUGUGAUGAAAGCUAUUAUUCAUGCCAUCAAUGAUGACAAUGUUCCUGGAUUACAGCACCUUCUGGGGUCUCUGACAAAUUAUGAUGUCAAUCAACCCAACAAGCACGGAACACCUCCGCUACUGAUUGCUGCUGGCUGUGGAAACAUUCAGAUACUUCAGUUGCUUUUAAAGCGUGGAUCCCAUAUUGAUAUUCAAGAUAAGGCCGGAUCUAAUGCAAUCUAUUGGGCUUCUCGACAUGGUCAUGUAGAAACACUGAAAUUUCUCAAUGAUAAUAAAUGUCCUUUGGAUGUUAAGGAUAAGUCUGGGGAGACCGCUCUUCAUGUCGCAGCUCGGUAUGGGCAUGUGGAUGUGGUUCAGUUUCUCUGUAGCAUUGGAUCCAAUCCAAACAUUCAAGACAAGGAAGAAGAAACCCCACUGCAUUGUGCUGCUUGGCACGGCUACUACUCUGUUGCCAAAGCACUCUGUGAAGCAGGUUGCAAUGUGAACAUUAAAAACAAAGAAAGGGAGACUCCGCUCCUGACAGCAUCUGCCAGGGGUUACCAUGAUAUUGUUGAAUGCUUGGCAGAACACAGGGCUGACCUUGAUGCAACAGACAAGGAUGGUCACACAGCCCUACACCUUGCUGUGAGAAGAUGUCAAAUAGAAGUAGUUAAAACUCUCAUCAGUCAAGAAUGUUUGGUAGAUUUCCAAGACAGACAUGGCAACACGCCCUUGCAUGUGGCCUGCAAAGAUGGGAAUGUUCCUAUUGUGAUGGCACUCUGUGAAGCAAGUUGUAAUUUGGAUGUCACUAACAAGUAUGGAAGAACACCUUUACAUCUGGCAGCAAACAAUGGCAUUCUUGAUGUUGUCCGGUUCCUGUGUCUUACUGGUGCCAACGUAGAAGCUUCAACCUCUGAUGGGAAAACAGCAGAAGAUCUCGCCAGAGCAGAGCAGCAUGAACACGUAGCCAGUCUGCUUGGAAGACUUAAAAAGGAUACGCACCGGGGGCUUUUUAUCCAGCAGCUGCGGCACACGCAGAACCCACAGCCCCGGAUCAAACUGAAGUUGUUUGGACACUCUGGUGCUGGGAAGACAACCCUUGUGGAGUCUCUCAAGUGUGGCCUGAUACGAAGCUUCUUCCGAAGACGCAGGCCUAGGCUGUCCUCCACAAACUCAACUAGAUUCCCUCCAUCUCCUUUGUCUUCCAAACCUUCAGUUUCAGUAAGCAUUACAAAUCUUUAUCCUGGCUGUGAGAAUGUCAGCGUGAGAAGUCGUAGUAUGAUGUUUGAGCCUGGCCUGACCAAAGGAGUAUUAGAAGCUUUCGUUUCACCUUCUCAUUACUCUCACUUCUCUGUUGAUGACCAGUCCACCAAGGCCAUUGACAUUCAGAAUGCCUGCUUGCAUGGUGUUGGUGAUUUCAGCAUCUGGGAAUUCUCUGGGAAUCCUGUGUAUUUCUGCUGUUACGAUUAUUUUGCUGCAAAUGAUCCCACUGCAAUUCACAUGGUGCUUUUUAGUCUCGAGGAGCCUUAUGAAAUCCAGUUAAACCAAGUGACCUUUUGGCUCAGUUUCCUGAAAUCGUUAGUCCCAGUUGAGGAGCCAAUAGCAUUUGGUGGGAAGCUGAAAAGACCACUGCGUGUUGUUUUGGUCGCCACACAUGCUGACAUAGUGAAUCUUCCACGGCCUGUUGGAGGAGAGUUUUGGUAUGACAAAGAUAUGUCAUUGUUGAAAGAAAUCAGGAACAGAUUUGGAAAUGAUCUGCAAAUUUCAGACAAGUUAUUUGUCUUGGAUGCUGGAGCAUCUGGGUCUAAAGAUAUGAAGCUUCUCCGAAAUCAUUUGCAAGAAAUAAGAAGCCAGAUAAUUUCUACUUGCCCACCUAUGAGUCAUCUGUGUGAAAAAAUAAUCUCCACACUGCCUUCAUGGAGAAAAAUGAAUGGACCCAACCAGCUGAUGUCCUUGCAGCAGUUUGUGUAUGAUGUACAGGAACACCUUAACCCCCUAGCAAGUGAAGAUGACCUACGGCAUAUUGCACAGCAGUUGCAUAGCAUUGGAGAAAUUAACAUUAUGCAGAGUGAAACUGUCCAAGAUGUUGUGCUUCUGGAUCCUCGCUGGCUCUGUUCAAAUGUCCUUGGAAAAAUCCUGUCAGUGGAGAACCCAAAAGCCCUCCAUCACUAUAGAGGUCGGUACACUAUAGAGGACAUCCAGCGUCUGGUGACAGAUAGCGACGUGGAAGAGCUGAUACAGAUUUUGGAUGCCAUGGAUAUUUGUGCAAGGGACCUUAGCAGUGGAGCAAUGGUGGAUAUUCCUGCUCUUAUAAAGACUGACAAUCUCCACAGGUCUUGGACAGAUGAGGACGAUGAGGUGCUAAUUUAUGGUGGUGUUAGAAUCGUUCCUGUGGAACAUCUUACGCCAUUUCCUUGUGGAAUUUUUCAUAAAGUUCAGGUGAAUCUCUGCAGGUGGAUUCAUCAGCAGAGCACAGAGGGAGAUGCUGAUAUACGUCUAUGGGUGAACGGAUCAAAAAUUAUGAAUCGUGGAGCUGAGCUUUUAGUGCUGCUGGUCAACCAUGGUCAGGGUAUAGAGGUUCAAGUCAGAGGACUGGAAACAGAGAAAGUCAAGUGCUGUUUACUUCUGGAUUCUGUAUGCAGCACCAUUGAUAACUUAAUGGCCACAACCUUACCAGGCCUUCUGACUGGGAAAUACUACCUUAGUCCUCAGCAGCUGAGGGAACAUCAUGAACCAGUAAUGGUCUACCAGCCUAGAGACUUUUUCCGUGCACAGAGUCAAAAGGAGACAUCACUAACUAACACUAUGGGGGGAUAUAAAGAGAGCUUUAGCAGUAUACUGUGUUUUGGGUGUCUUGAUGUCUACUCCCAGGGAAGCCUAGGAAUGGAUAUUCAUGUAUCUGAUCUGAAUCUACUUACCAGGAGAAAGCUAAGUCGACUUUUGGAUCCACCUGAUCCUAUGGGCAAAGACUGGUGCCUUCUGGCCAUGAACCUGGGCCUCCCUGAUCUUGUUGCUAAGUACAAUACAAAUAAUGGAACACAAAAUGACUUUCUCUCAAGCCCAGUCCAUGCCCUUCUGCAGGAGUGGAGUAAUGCUCCUGAGAGCACUGUAGGUAUCCUAAUGUCUAAGCUGAGGGAAUUAGGUCGCAGAGAUGCAGCAGACUUUUUACUGAAGGCAUCUUCUGUAUUCAAAAUAAACUUAGAUGCUAAUGGUCAAGAGGCUUAUGCUUCCAGCUGCAACAGUGGCACAUCUUAUAAUUCGAUUAGCUCUGUAGUGUCACGGUAAAAGCAGGUGUUUUGGAUAGACAUCUUUUCAAACUGCAGAAAGGAUAAAAGAUACAGUACAAGAGUUUGUGCAUUUCUAUUUAUGAGGGUUUACAUCAAAGGAUCUUUAUCCUUCUCUACCACCACCUUUUUGUGCAUAAACUUUCUCCUUUAACUGUGAAUUGUUGCUCUUUAUCUGUUAAAAAGGCUGAUGUACUUCUGGUGUUUUGAAAUUAUUCCUGAUAUAUAAUGUGCUGCUUAAUACUGCCAUUUUGACUGGAAAGUCUUAACUUUUGGAUUAUGUACUGCAACUGUUUAUAAAAAUUCUCCCCGUAAAAGGUAGGGGGAGAGGAAUAGCACAUAUUACCUGACGUGUAUUUCUUACACCCAUUUUUUUUCUUUUCCUUAUGUCCUCUGCUUAAUUUUUUUAUAUUUGUAAGGAGAGAAAUCCACCAUUUGUGGUCAAUCCAACUGAAUUUAAAACCACAUUGUUUAUAGCUGAAAAAGCGAGUGCCUUUUGCAGAAGGGAGGGUGCAGUUGAUUUGAAUGACCCUGCUGGAGUUACAAGAACAUGCUACCUCUGUUUCACUUAAAUUGUCUGCAUGCUUAUCAUUGCAAGUGGUGCUUGCCUUUUUAAUUUUUCCUGCACUUCUAAGACAUUGGUAACAACUCAUGCUGAGCAUUCUUGUGCCAGUACUAUGGGUAUAGACGUGAUACCUAGUCAGCUUCAAUUACAGUCAAAUCAUACUAUGAAAAUCUCUUGAACUUGCCAAUUAUCAUGCUUCACUAUUUCCAUGCACCUCAGGUAAAAAGUUCAUAUCCCUAUAGAGUUCCAAAAAACACAAGUCUUGCAUACUGCAGAAUAAUAUAGCUGUCAGUUGUAAUUUGUGUAUAACAAAGGUUUUUUACUAUUAGAUCCUGCAUUACUUACUUCCUGUACUUGAAAACUUUGAUGGGGAUAAAAACAAAGGAAGCAAGGUUUCUUGCAGUGAUAAUUUUAAAAUUAAUAUGAGGGAAUAUGACCCAUUCUCUGUUUCAAAAAGCAUGUAAUUUUACUGGUGCGAUGUGUGUUUGUUUAUAUAUAUUGUAUGUACAUAUAUUAAUACUAUUUUUUCCUUAAUCUCACAAUGUAGUAAAAUUUUAAAAGGUUUUUCUACAAAUAAACUGUUGCUUGUUGCA